GCUUCCUCCCUCCCCGGGUACUUACGUCUCACACACAGCGGACUAGAACACACAGCGGAUUAGAACUUUCCCUUUUUUAUCAUGAGAGUUCUUCAGUUUUUCAUUGUUUUACUUGGUGGAAUAGUUGCAGCACAACAACAGGCCUUAAUGGAAUACUUAGAGAGGAGACUGCUUGCAAUUGAGGAUCGUAUUUCCUUGUGGCAUGAGCAGACAAGUCGCUACACUUCAGAGCUGCGUGAGCUUAAGCAGCAGAUUGUAGCUCAGCUUGAAGGCCUGGACAAGAACAAGGAGGCACUGAAGAGUGAGCUGGAUGCAGUGGGUGUCCGUGUUGACCGGGUGGAACGUGAGAUGGAUUAUCUUGAGACACAGAAUGGCGCACAGCCCUGCGUAGAUGUAGAUGACAAGCUGGUGGAGCAGCAGGUGAUUGUGGCCAAGGAGAGGAACAAGUCCAAAUAUGCUAAGCUCACAGAUUGCAGUGACAUGGUGUCAAGCAUUAAGGGCAUGAAGAUUCUCAAAAGAGUUGGUGGAGUUAAAGGCAUGUGGACUAAAGACAUGGGUGUCUCCAUUGGAAAAGUGUACCUCUUUAAUGGGACUAGGGAGGAUACACUUUAUGAGUUCAGUUCUGUGCGUGACUUCACCUCCUCCCUAGGCAUCACAGCAGGCAAAGCUGUCAAACUUCCCUCCUCUUGGCAAGGUAUGGGUCAUGCUGUGUACAAAAAUCACCUAUAUUUUGUAAAGGUCAGUGAUGAGAUAAGGUUGGUGAAGUUCGACCUACAGAAAGGUUCUGUGGUUGACAGUUCUGUCUUCCCAGCCAAAGACCAGCUUCCAGUCUACAGUCUUAAUUCUGAAACCUACGUUGACUUGGCUAUAGAUGAAGAAGGUUUGUGGGCCAUUUAUGCCACAAAGAAUAACGAGAAACACGUGUCAUUAGCCAAGGUUGAUUCAAACACUCUGGCCAUUGAGCAGAUGUGGGAUACACCUUGUCCAAGGGAAAAUGCAGAAGCAGCUUUUGUAGUGUGUGGCACAGUCUAUGUAAUCUACAACUCCAAGCUUCCCAGCCGCUCCCGUAUCCAGUGUGUUUUUGAUGUGAGUGAUAUGGUAACCAAUGAUGAUGCUCCUACAGUGUAUUUUCCAAAGCGUUAUGGCACUCAUUCAAGCCUCAAAUACAGUCCUAUGGAACAACUAGUCUAUGCUUGGGACGAUGGGUACCAGAUUCUUUACAAGUUGCAAAUGAAAAAAAAACUGGAGGUGUAGACUGCAUUGAAAUGGCUUGCAACCUGCUUAAAGAAAAUCUGGUGAGUUGUGUAAACCCUGGUUUGAUGCACAUUUAUGUUGGAUCAUUUUUAAGACUUAUCAUUUAUCUAAUCAUGUACCUUACUUAAUCAAAGAACCAGAUAAUUUUAAUUUUCUACCAUAACGCUUUGCAAUAGCAAUUUUCACAUUUAUGUCUAUUAGGUAAUGGUUUGCCAGGGUCAAUAAGUAUUACAAAAUGUAUUUUAUAUGGGACUAGGUAUAUGUUUAUAGAUAAAGCCUGGUAAUACUGUACUCGAUACCAAACUUCAGAUCUUCAAAAUGAAAUAUCUAUACAAUAUUUUGCAAAUGCUUAAUCAAUAUCCUUAUAUUAUGUUUAACUUUUCCUUUCUUUUUCUUGUUGUAAUCAACUGAUUGUUGAUACAUUAACCUGAAAUUGAAAUAGGACAAAAAACAUCUUUUUGAAUCAUACUGCUAAAACUAAAAUAUUUUUGUAUUUUUGACUACAUUCUGAAAAAUAAAACAUGAAAUAAAACCAAUUAAAUCAAUCAAUUUAAUCACAAUUAUUAAAUACAAAUAUUGUAUAAUUCAGAACUAUACAUUCAAAUACAACUUUUCAAUAUAAAAUAUUCAAUAUUCUCUACAUAUAGUUUUUUUUUACUAUAGCAAAGGUUUCCAGUCAUAGCUAAAACAGAUAAGUGUAAUAGUUUGUAUCCUUUCUGGGUUCUGGGUGAUAGGAAAAUGUAAUGUUCAAGUUAUGUUUUACAAUUUAUUAUAAAGUGGCAUAAACAUUUCAACAGUUUUGUCAAACGUAGUUAUUUUUAUUUACUCAACUAGAUUAACAGCAUCCUCAUUGGCCUAGUUCAUUUACACAAAUGCCACUCUUAAAUCUUAAUGAUCUAAAACAAACAAGGAACUUUAACUGAUCAUUCCUUGAUACUUAUCAAUAAUAGUAUGACAAAACUUCAAACCUAAAGAAAAAUAGUCACAGACCUGGAGAGGAAUAUAAAAAUAUAUCCCAGUGGUUACCAAACAGAAAGGUUUAAAAACCUUUAAGGUCUAAGAAAGACCUUAAAAAAAACAAAAAAGGAAACUAUACUAUCUAACAAUAUUAAUAAAAAUAAUGUGCAAAACAUAUAGCAGGGGAGAUAUUAUAACAUUAUGAUUGUUUAAGUUUUCAAAUAUUAAUAUACACAUUAGAAAUCCAAUUUAUUUAAUUUACUUCCAAUAUCUUGGUUUAUCCUGGUCAAGGUUUCAGUGGAUCUGAAAGAUAUCCUUGUAACAAUGGGUGUUGCAGGAAUACAUUAUCAGUCCAUACUCAUUCACACACUCAACUGGCAUGAGGAAACCAGAGAAACAAAUGUGAAAUUGUACUCUUUUUACAAUAAUGAAUUACAAGAAUUGGUCUCCCAAAUUUGUCUGCCAAAUGCUAUAAACGAAAAUGAAGAAUUUAUGAGAGUAAACAAACAAUUAAUAUAUAUUUUUUUUCAAGAUUAUGACCAUUAAUGUAAUAGUUUAAGACCUGAUCAGAAAUAACUUCAAACAGCAGAACAAUUCUUGUUAACAAAUCCAGUGUGAUUGAUAAUGUAUUAGAUCAGCUAAUUUCUAAUUUUUUAUUGUUAUCAACAGUGAUCACACAGGUCUAAAAAAAUAUAUUCUAGGUUUCAAGGUUUUGAAAAAUCAGCAUUAUUUUCACACCAUAAACAUAAUCCAUUAAACAUAAAUAGCAGCCAAUGUGAAAUAUCUAUAAUGAAUUAAUGAAUUUGCCAUUAUUUGCCAGAUUAUCUUACCUUUUAGCCCAUAGAAAUUCUAAAGCAACUUAGCAUUCUAGAGCAAUAAAAACCAAAAAUAAAUAAAUGUAAAUACCUUCAAAUCUUGUAUUGGUGUAAAUUAACUCCAAAUCAUAGAAAUUGUGUAGGAAUUACAGCACUUCACAUAUGCAUAUUCAUAUUCAUCACCCAUUGGUCAUACAUGACUGCCAGUGGAACUUGUUCCUUCAUAUUUAUUGAUGUGAUGUACUGCAAAAACCAGCAGAAUGAAUUCUGAAGCCUAUAGAACUUCAUUAUUAUAGGACAUAUUAUUAUCUACUCAGAUUUAGCCAAAACCUUCAAAACUCAAAAAUUGGACUUUCAUUCAGACAGCAUAAGGAGAGCGAGUCUCCUCACUGUACCAUGGUUGACCCUCUGCUUUGACACCAACACCCCCAAAUGUAUAUAUGAUAAUAAUAAAGGUGUUUUCAAAGAAAUGUCCUUGUCAAUAACCUUACUUGAAAGUAUCCCAAAGAAAAUAUGUGCACUUUAAUUUAUCUGGUAAUAUAAUGUUAAACUUAAUGUUAAAUAAUAUAAUGCUGUAUAAUGUAAAAUAAUAUGUUAAAAAUCAUAGUCCACAACCGAUAUAUGUAAGCUGACUUGAUCUAUAUUUUCUGUAAUUGCUUAAUUGAGAGAGGAGUUUAAUGUAUUCUUCUUUAUCUGGUUUUCUUUUUUCUGUCACUUUUACUUCACAAAUCAGUGAUAUUUUCACAUAUCGAUC